UGGCGCCAAUGGUAAUGGCAGCAAAAAUAAUUUUAAAAUUCCGUCCGAUAUACUCGAUGAUUUGGCCAGUCGUUUCAUUAUCAACGUACCCGAUAUGGAGCUAAGCAAUAUGAUUCGUAUAUGCUUUCAAAUCGAAUUGGCCCAUUGGUUUUAUUUGGAUUUCUUUUGUGCAUCGGAAGAGGAUAAUAAACUCCAAACUUGUGGUAUUAAAACAUUUGCUAUGCAAUUAUUUCAGCAUAUACCAUUCCUACAACAACAUUUAUCUUCGAUAGAUAAAAUCUUGGAAGAUUGGAAAAAUUACAAAUUAUCCGUGCCAACAUUUGGGGCUAUACUUAUAUCGGAGGAUCUCAACUAUUGCCUAUUAGUGCAAUCAUAUUUUGCCAAAAGUUCAUGGGGUUUCCCAAAGGGAAAGGUUAAUGAAAAUGAAGACCCGGUACACUGUGCCACCAGAGAGGUUUUUGAAGAAACUGGUUACGAUAUCACCGAACUUAUUGUACCAAAUGAUUACAUUGAAGCUGUUAUUAAUUAUCAAUACACUCGUCUGUAUAUUGUGCGUGAUGUUUCGUUGGAAACGAAAUUCUCACCGCGCACCCGUAAUGAGAUUAAAUGCUGUGAUUGGUUUCCCAUUGAUUCAUUGCCUGUUAAUCGUAAUGAUGCCAUAUCAAAAGCCAAAUUAGGCAUUAAUGCCAAUUCCUUUUUUAUGAUAAUACCGUUUGUGAAGCGUUUAAAGAAAUGGGUUAAUGAUAAACGCAAUGGUGUUGAUACGCGUCGUCGUAAAUACUCCGGAGGCGGUAAUGGUGGUAAUAAUGGUUCACCCACAUCCACCUCCCCAUUGACCACAUUCAAUAAUAAUCACAACAACAAUGGUCUGCCACAACAACAAACCAAAUCUAGUUGUAAAAAAUCCAAGCAUUUGCAACAGCGGAAUAAUAAUAUAAAUACUAAUAAUAAUAAUGAUGAUAAAAAUGCCUUAAACGGUGGUGCUUUGGCUGCAUCAUCCACAUCCUGCAAUGGGAAUACAUGUUCCAAUAAUAAUAACAAUAACAACAACAAUUCAAAUUCAAAUCGUUCUAAAAGACAACGCCAUAAAUCCAUGGGUGAUUUGGAUGGUAUUAAAUUAAAUAAUAAUUUUAACUGUAAUAAUAAUAAUAUAAAUAAUAACAACAACAAUAUCUGUAAUAAUAAUCAAAGUAAUUGUAAGACAUUAAACAACAGCAACAAUAACUGUGGUUCUACUAUAACAAAUCAACAACAACAAUCAUCAUCAAAUUUAUCAACGACAAACUCCACAACUAGUGGUGUUAAUAUAAAUAACCAAAACAACAGCAACAACAACAAUAACAGCAAUCAAAAACGGCAUUCAAAAAUUGUUGCUGCUGGCAGCAAUGUUUCCAACAACAAUGGUUGCAAUAAUAACAACAAUAAUGCCAAUAAUUCUUCAACAUCUUCAUCAUCGUCAAAGCGUCAAUUGUUUCACAGCCAAAGUCAUUGCAGCAAUUUACAUCAGCAAAAUGGUGAAAAGAUUAUCAGCUCAUUUGAUUUGAUACGCAAAGAAAAACAACAAAUGAAAGCAGCUAUGGCAAAAUCUCAAAAACAACAGCAGAACAAUUUAAAUGGACGUCAAAGGGCCAAAUCCCAAAGUGAUAAGAUGUGUAUGCAACAAAAUUAUCAACAGCAACAACAAUCGAAUCAUAAAAAUACAAAUGUAAAUAAUGCCGUUAAUCCAAACAAACAGCAACAGCAACUGCAACAGAUCAGUAACGGUGGUUAUCAACGUGGUACCCCAACGCCACCACCAUUAAGUGGCAAUGAUUUGUUGGCAUUAGCCGCUGCAGCAGCUGCCAAUGGUUUUAUCAACAAUAGCACCACAGCAAUAUUACAGCAACAGAACAACAACAGCAACAAGAAGGUCAUCAACAAUGGUGGCGGUGGCUCUGGUGUACAAUUGAAGCCACGUCCUUCAUCAGUAUCAUUGCAUUUCCCUGAAAUGGUCUCAUUGAAACGAGAAAAUUCUGAUUUGCAUACAAUGCAACAACAACAACAGCCACAGCUGCAACGCAUGGCAUCUGGUACAAAUUUACGUAUACUAAGACGUUCAACAUCUCAUCAGCCGCAACAGCAGCAGCAACAACAAAGGCAGUCUUUUACGCCAAGUUUUAAUUCAUGGACUAAUUUUACAUUUACCAAAAAUUUUAUGGCCAAUGUUUUUUGUUAAAUGUAGUUAG